AUGAUGUUUACACAAACAUACUUAUGUUGUGCUACUUUCAUCACUACUUCUCAACCGCGGUUAAACCUGCAUCAUGCCGAAGCGUGGAAGGGGUGGUUCAUCUGGUGGAAAAUUCCGUAUUUCAUUGGCUCUUCCUGUUGGAGCUAUAAUGAACUGUGCUGACAACAGUGGUGCCAAAAAUUUGUAUGUAAUAGCUACGUUUGGUGUUCGAGGUCGCUUGAACCGUCUUCCAUCGGCAGCAACUGGUGACCUCAUUGUUUGUUCGGUUAAAAAGGGAAAACCAGAACUAAGAAAAAAGGUGUUGUAUGCUGUAGUUGUCAGACAACGUAAGGCCUUCAGACGAAAAAACGGAGUAUUCAUUUAUUUCGAGGAUAACGCUGGCGUGAUUGUCAACAACAAGGGAGAACUUAAAGGUUCGGCAAUUACCGGCCCUGUGGCUAAAGAAUGCGCUGAUAUGUGGCCAAAGAUUGCAUCAACCGCCAGUUCAAUUCAUUAGUUAAUAAACGUGUACAAUUGGCCUACUCUUUGUCUUUUAAACCAUCAUUCACUAAGUGAUGUUUUCAGGUUGGAACUUCUGCUCGUCUGAUAGGCCUUGGGGAUUCUUCUGAAGACGUCUACCGAUGCCUCUAAUGUACCAGUGGAAUU